AUGUCGGCUCGGCAGGAGCUGCCGUCGACGCUGCUGCGUCUGUGCGUAAUCUGCGCUACGUCGCUGCAGUCGAUGAGUUCUGGGGCUGUACCCGACCAUGUGGUGGAUGCACAGCUAGCUCAGCAGGAUGGACAGGCCCUCGCCAAGCAAAUUUUCAGUGAUCUAUCGCAACUCAUUCAACAGAUCCGCAAAGAGGUUACCGCGCUCUCGCUCGCCAUGCGUCCGUCGGCUCAAGCGCGGCCGGAUGCUGGACCACUCGAUGGUGUAGAUGACGCUAGUAUCAAGUCGGCAACACAGCUGCUUCAGUCGCUUGCAAGCGAUGUCGUACCGAAGCUAGCAUUCCUAGCCAAUCUCGCCACCAAGCACCAGGCCGUGUACAGUCUAAGCGACGCGGCGGCUCACGAUGCCACUAUUCAGCUGGCCAAGGACAUGGGUGCCCAAGUUAUGUUUGGCGAGAACGCGCGCGGCCCCAAGGUGUUGUCGGCGUCUGUCGGCACCCGAUUCGCGCGUGCGGUGCACAAGCUCGUAACCGAGCUCGUGGAGAACGUGGCAGAACUGUGCCAGAGCUUCAUGGAUGAGCGUACACGCUCUGUUCUGGCCAUGGCACAAAAGAAACGCGAAGGCGCGAACGCUCAGCCUGUGGCUAUGCCGCCGUGUUCGCGUGAGGCAUCGCUCAGCUUGACCAAGAAGCUGUGGAGUCUGUGUGAUGCAGCGCAGGGCGGCAGCACACACACACCUGGCUACAUUGUGCGCCUCCCCCGCAGCAACUUAGAGGCAAUGGCUAUGGUGUGGCGCCAAAACGAGUUGGUCAUGCGCGACGGCCUUGACGAGCUGCAGGAGGCAAUAGAGCACGAGGCCGAAGAGACACCCAUGGAUGCCAGCAGCCAGGAAAGUGACCCUCUUGAGUCAGCCUGGGAUCAAAGCCCGGUCUUGACUUCGGAGCAGAAAGAGACAGCUAGACAGGUCCAUACGCUCCUCCAACAGGGGCUGGCGAUCCUGCCUAUGUUCGGCAAGUCUCUAGACAAGCGAGCUUGUGACGGGGACGCUUGCGCAGACGCAGUCGAAGUUAUGGCCGCCGCACAAGAUGAGGUGAUCGCUUCCGUCUUGUAUGGUGGAGACGAGGCAUCGAUGCCCCUUGCUGAGGCCCUGGAAGAGUACCUCGUGGCGUGCCGGCAGCUGCGCGAUACUGUCAAUGCAAGUGGCGGCCUGGAUGCGCUCGAGCAAACUUUUCAUGCAUUGAAUCUAUAG